AGCUGUGAAUUGCACUGGGUGUCAUGGGAAGUGUAUUUCGUGUGCUUGUGUAGUUGCAUCACAUGGCGUAGUUGACAUAUCGGCGUCCGAUGCACUUUACGUACAUCGAUAACAGAGCAUUUAACGUACGCGUACUUGAAAUUGCAAAAGCGCGCAAAUCUGAUCGCAACUUCAUCUUUCUUUUACACAGAUAACGUUUUGUUUUGGAACUUUUCGAUUUUCUAUUUACGUGUAUAUCUUCUGAGAAUGACAAAACGUUGACAUUCGACCAAAGUUACACAACUUCCACACUUGGCAGAACCGCGAUGUAUUACGACGAAUGUGUUUAGCUGUGACAUGUGAGAGCACAAGGUGAUAAUAUAUCUAUUAUAAAAAUGGCAUUUGGAUUGUUCUUCUGAAUAAUAGUUACUCAUAACUACAAACAAUUCCAAGUAUUCCUAAUUAUGUAUGUACAAAUACUAAAUAAAUUUUUCGAUAUAUUAUUCAUAUGGAAAAUACUGAAUUUAAAUGGGAGGUGUCUAAUGAUUAACCCUGCGUAAGAAGGAUAAAGAACCAGAUGACUUGUCCAAAAUAACAUUGAGAAAACUGUGUUAAAUUUUUGGGAAAUCUUUUGUAUUACCAGUAGAUACGAUGGCAGGUACUGGAUCUAUUGCAUCACAAACUAUUACUCAUCUAUCAGAGAAAGAGCCUGGAUCUGUUUCUGUUGACUAUUCUAGCAUCAGAGGCAAGAAUGUUUUAGUUAGUCCAUCUGAGGAUCAGUAUGAACUGUUGUUGAAAAAAUUAAAAGAAAGAAUUCAAGAUGGAGGUAGUGAAACAAUUUUUGAUAUUGGUAUUGCUGAAGAUGGUUCUGAGGAUGGAUUAAAGGAAGAUGAAUAUGACGCAUCAGUUGCUACUUUACAGUCUCUUGCUACAACUUUGGAGGCUAAUUGUGUACUUCUACGCCAAAGUAAAGUAGACCAUGGUUUAACAGGGCAAUACCUAAUAAGAAGGCGUCUGGAUCGACAAGAUUUCUUGGAAAUCAGGGUUGCUGUUGUUGGUAAUGUAGAUGCUGGUAAAUCUACAUUAUUAGGAGUGCUGACUCAUGGCGAACUUGACAAUGGAAGAGGUCUGGCGCGUCAAAAGUUAUUUCGCCACAAGCACGAAGCUGAAACAGGACGUACUAGUUCUGUUGGCAAUGAUAUACUUGGAUUCGAUAGUGUCGGUAACGUAGUUAAUAAACCUGAACAUGGAUCACUGGAUUGGGUGAAAAUAUGUGAGAAAUCUUCCAAAGUAAUUACGUUUAUCGAUCUUGCUGGUCAUGAAAGAUAUCUAAAGACAACUGUUUUUGGAAUGACAGGACAUGCCCCAGAUUUUGGUAUGUUAAUGAUUGGGGCAAAUGCUGGUAUUGUGGGAAUGACUAAGGAACAUUUGGGUCUUGCUCUAGCACUGUCUGUCCCAGUAUUCGUGGUUGUGACGAAAAUUGAUAUGUGUCCACCGAAUGUCCUACAGGAGAACUUAAAACUGUUGAUAAGAAUUUUAAAAUCGCCUGGUUGCAGAAAAGUCCCGGUUACAGUAAAGACACCUGACGACGUAGUAGUCAGUGCUACGAAUUUUGUCUCAGAACGAUUGUGUCCAAUUUUCCAAGUAUCUAACGUGUCUGGUGAAAAUCUAAAUCUUCUUAAGAUGUUUCUUAACUUAUUAACGGCAAGAAUUACUAGUCACGAUGAUGAACCUGCAGAGUUCCAAAUCGACGAUACAUAUUCUGUACCAGGUGUCGGCACAGUGGUAUCCGGUACAACUUUAAAAGGUAUCAUAAAGCUAAAUGAUACCUUGCUCUUAGGACCUGAUCCGCUAGGUCGUUUUACACCGAUAGCUGUGAAAAGCAUCCAUCGAAAGAGGAUGCCUGUUCGUGAAGUGAGGGGUGGCCAAACUGCCAGUUUUGCCCUGAAGAAGAUCAAACGAUCGCACAUUCGCAAAGGCAUGGUGAUGGUCGCGCCUGUGCUCAAUCCGCAAGCCUGCUGGGAAUUUGAGGGUGAAAUUCUGGUACUCCAUCAUCCCACUACAAUCAGCUCACGUUAUCAGGCGAUGGUACAUUGCGGCAGCAUAAGGCAAACUGCUUCUAUAUUAUCCAUGUCUCAGGAUUGUUUGAGAACAGGCGACAAAGCCUUAGUACAUUUUAGAUUUAUUAAACAUCCCGAAUAUAUAAAACCUGGACAGAGGAUGGUAUUCAGAGAAGGUCGUACUAAAGCAGUAGGGAACGUAUUGAAACUUAUACCGCAUUCGAGUGGUACAACCAUACAAACAUCUAGAGUUAAUAAACCGAAUAAGACGUCGCAAGGACGACAGAAUACAUCAAGUAUGCAGGGGUCAGAAACGACAGAAGCUGAUUCCAUGAUCGAAGUACAAACGGCCAAGCAAGAAAAUGUACCACAAAAAUUUGGGUUGAAUCAGAAAAAAAGUAGAGGCCGAAGAGGAGGGCGAUCACAUAACAACAUCAAUAGCAUUCAACCUUUAGCUGAACAAAAUCCUGCAAAAGUGUAAGCUGAUUAGUACGACGUUGUACAAAGAACAUAUAUAUAUAUUAAUUUUCCAAUAAUUUUCCAAAGAGAGUACAUAAUAGUCUCUCGUAUAAUAAUGGAAAAGAAGAUUAUCUAUGUGACAAAAUUAUUAU